AUGGCGUCAGUUAAACUUGCAACGCUCGUCAUCAGAACUCUUGCGAAGCCAAUCAGUGCUCGAAUUAAACACCAGGCGGAGCAACAUGAGUCGUUCAAGCAAAUUUGUAUAUCUUGGGCUCAGUGGACUCAUCGAACAGAGGUCGGUCUACGCACGAGCUUAUUGGGGGAGUCGGCCAAGCAUAUUAAACCGUUGAGCGAGACUCGCGCGAUUCAGAACGGAGCAAAUGGUCUCGCCGAGGCGUUCUUAUUUACGGUUGCCGCAAGUUUAAUAUUAGCAGAGGCAUGGCGAUCGAAUCGGUCACAAGCCAGGAGACGUGAUAGCGUGGACGACCAAUUGGAGGACCUCCAGAAUGAAAUACGCGAGUUAAAGAGUCGAAUAGCGGGCAUGACUACGGAUUGGAAAGAGAAAUUAGAAGAAGAGAGUUCAAGAAACAACGAAUUGUCCCGGAUACUUACGAGGGUAGUUGAAAUUGGGCUCCGAGGUGGCUGGGCGGAAGUGGUCGACCAAGCACCGCUGAAGAUACCUGCAUCUAUCGUCAAGCACGCCGAGUUGCCCGAUCCUCGAACGAGUGACGGCGGCGACAGCUCAAGAAGCGAGACGUAG